CGCCUCUUCCUUUCGGCGUGUCCCGCGGACUCGGCAUGGAGGUAUCUGCCGGCGAGAGCAGGAUCGCGGAGCCCCCCGCGGCCAUGGAGGCGCAGGCUGCCGGGGAGGGUGGCGGCGGCGGCGGCGGCGGCGGCGGCUUCACGCGUGUCCGGAAGCGGAAGCGGCGCGCGUGCGAGCGCCAGGAAGGCGCCAUGGAGACGGCCGAGGGUCCUUCGGCCAGGAAGCGGCCCGAUUUCCCCCCUCUCCGCGGAGAGGCUCUCGGGGGCGGAAAAGGUGAAAUGAGGAAGAUUUCUGUACCACCAAACAGAUACACACCUCUGAAAGAAAACUGGAUGAAAAUUUUUACGCCUAUUGUAGAACACUUACAGCUUCAAAUUAGGUUUAAUUUAAAAACAAGGAAUGUAGAGAUAAAGACUUGUAAAGAAACAAAAGACGUAGGUGCUUUGACAAAAGCAGUUGAUUUUGUGAAAGCUUUUCUACUUGGAUUUCAAGUUGAGGAUGCACUUGCUCUCAUCAGAUUAGAUGACCUUUUUUUGGAAUCCUUUGAAGUAACAGAUGUCAAGCCAUUAAAAGGAGAUCACCUUUCUAGAGCAAUAGGAAGAAUUGCUGGGAAAGGUGGAAAAACAAAAUUCACUAUUGAAAAUGUGACCAGAACACGAAUAGUUCUUGCAGACUCGAAAGUUCAUAUUUUAGGGUCUUUCCAGAAUAUUAAAAUGGCACGAACAGCAAUUUGCAACCUCAUCUUAGGAAGUCCUCCAUCAAAGGUUUAUGGCAAUAUUAGAGCAGUGGCCAGCAGAGCAGCAGAAAGGUUUUAAGACAAACAAUGCUUGAUUUGAAGCUAAAUGGAUUUUCUGUACAAUGACUCGUAUACAGAAACAGUGGGACUGACGGAAAAAGCCUGUGGCAACUCUUCACUCCAACAUGGGUGCAGAAAAGAGUGUAACUGUGUUCUCAAGCAGAUGUCUGAUGAGCAUAUGUAAUAAAGAUGGCAAGCAACUUGCCUAACACCUCA